UUUCAAAUUAUAAAACAUUUUUUGACCGUUUGUAACUUUUUCAUCGAUUAAGAAUUGGGAUCGAUAGAGAUCCGACCUAUUUCCACCAAUCCGAUUCCUCAAACAAUGUCAGGAGUUCUCGUCUCGAGUUCAAGAGCUCUCUGGCGUUUACCUCCUCCGCGCCAUCUAAAAAGUAGGUAUAAAAAACAAAGGGAGAGAGAGACCUUAUUCGUUUCUUUUUGGUGAAAGAGAAUGCUUUUUCGUUGUGGAGAGAGAAUCUAGGUUAGGAAAUGCACUUUACAGAUCAAAGAACAAUUGUGAAUUGCUCACUCGAGUUAGGGUUUGGGUCAAGAUCCAGUUGAUUAUUUUCUUUAACAGAGAAGACAAGGUGGUAAUUGGUAAGAGGAGACACGUGCACUGCAAUUGCAGCUUGCAAAUCUUCAAAGUCACCGAUGUAUAUUGCCCAAGUCAAACGAGUCCUGCUUCGUGUAUUGAGUCUCCUUCGCUUCUUUAAAUACCUUAUUUUGUCUUCCAAACAUGAAACGCCUCCUCAUCAGAGUCCUUCGCUACCUCUUAUCCUUCUUCCGAAGAAUGAACUCGUCUUCUUCAAUUGAUGCCAAUACUCCUGCCUUCGAUCCUUUUAAACCCUCGGAACCAGUUUCUUUCCCCAUUAGAAACCUCGAUGACCUCGAAUGGAGGUCUAAAUCGAGGUCUUACUUCGAUUCCUUUCACUUCCCUUUCAAUAAAGCUUCUGUUCCUCUUCCCUCCGAUUCUGUUUCGCUGCCUGAUCGUUCCAGGAUUCUUGUUUGCCAUGACAUGUCGGGGAAUUACCUUGACGACAAGUGGAUCCAGGGAGGGAGUAAUGCUGAAGGCUAUGCCAUAUGCCAUUGGUAUUUGAUGGAUAUAUUUGUUUAUUUCUCGCAUACUCUGGUUACAAUACCGCCACCGUGUUGGACGAACACCGCGCACACCCAUGGUGUUAAGGUAUUGGGCACAUUCAUCACGGAGUGGGAUGAAGGGACAGUUGUUUGUGACAAGCUUUUGUCAUCAAAGGAGUCUGCUCAAAUGUAUGCUGACUGCCUGGCAAAGAUUGCUGCUGAUUUGGGCUUUGAUGGUUGGCUGAUCAAUGUGGAGAAUAGACUGGACUCAUGGCUAAUCCCUAAUAUGAAAGAAUUUGUUGGCCAUUUAACUAGAACUAUGCACACCUCAGUGCCUGGAUCUUUGGUUAUAUGGUAUGACAGUGUUACCAUAAACGGCUGCCUUAAGUGGCAAGAUCAAUUGAACGAGUACAAUAAGCCUUUUUUUGAUAUAUGUGAUGGCAUAUUUGUAAAUUAUACCUGGAAGGCAAACUAUCCAAAGCUUUCAGCAGCUGCUGCUGGUGAGAGGAAGUCUGAUGUGUACAUGGGUAUCGAUGUUUUUGGAAGGAAUACAUAUGGUGGUGGACAAUGGAAUAUCAAAGUUGCACUUGAUCUACUAAAGAAGGACGAUGUCUCAGCUGCCAUAUUUGCUCCUGGAUGGGUCUAUGAAACGAAGCAACCACCUGACUUUCGAACUUCCCAAAGCCGCUGGUGGGGCCUUAUUGAGCAAUCAUGGGGAAUACUUCAAUUCUACCCAAAGGUUCUACCGUUUUACUCCAAUUUUGAUCAGGGUCAUGGUUAUCAUUUCUCUGUCGAAGGAAAGCAAGUAGGAGAUGACCCUUGGUAUAACAUAUCCUGUCAAAGCUUUCAGCCUGUCCUUGACAAUGGUGUGGAUUCUACACUCAACACAUUACAGGUCCUUGUCAACUUUAAGGAUGCAUCUUAUAGUGGAGGAGGGAACAUCACAUUUAAAGGGACUCUUGAAGACACUGCUUAUUUCACGACACGGAUUUUUUGCGGGAAACUACCAUUGGCUGAUCUACCAGUCCAUUUUACAUAUUCUGUGAGAUCAGAUGGGAGCUCUUCUUUGGGGCUUGUUCUUGAAUUAGUUUCUGUCACAAAUGGAAAAAAGUCGGUCCUUCUUGCUUGCUUGGGGAGCUCCUUAGAAAACAUGAACCAGUUCUCAAGCAAAUUUGAUAAAGUUGUUAUGACACAUGUGAAAAGCAAAACUGAGGCAGCACCAGGAUGGAUUAUACAUGAGGCUAGCAUCGCAAUGAAUGGUUACACCUUGACAGAAAUUCGUGUUGUCUGCUAUAAGUUAAAGCCUGGAUUUAAUGAAUUGAGAUUACAGCCAGACCACAAGUCAGGUGACCAAACUGCCAAUUUGGUUACUAGUCCUUCAGUUUAUCAUGCUUCUCUCGGUCAUAUCAGCAUUAGAAAUUAUGAGCAGAAAGACUUCCCACCUUCCACUUGUUGGGAGGUCAAGGUUCAGGAUAUUUUAUGGGCCUCAAAUUCUCAAGGUACCAGGACAGUGAGUAUUAAGAUUGUGUGGGAAUUGAAAAGAGGGGACAGUUCUGUGUUCGCUAAAUAUAUUAUGUACGUCAAGAAAAUUGCAGAAAAUGAGGCUGUGGAUGCGACACUUGGAGAAAUCAAGGACUAUCUUGGUGUAGCACAUGUGCAAGCUUUCUAUGUUUCUGAUCUUGUGGUUCCCCCAGGCAUUUCCAGUCUCAAAUUCUUCAUUCAAGUUUGUCAUGUUGAUGGGUUUUGCCAGCAGCUGGAUAAUUCUCCCAACAUUAUUAUUGGUUGUCAAAGGUACAUAGAAGACUUCUGUCGGUUGGAAUUGAACCCUGGUCGUUGUACCCAAUCCAAUUAUUAGACAAGUUGACUUAUGCCAAUUCAAGCUUGGGGAGAAUAAAAGCUGGUGGGAUUGGAUAUAGAUUGCCUCCCUUCACAAAAGCUAUUUGAUCUUUCUUCUUUUAAUAUUGUUUUUUAUCUGGCACAUACUGCAUGAUAGUAGUGCCCUUUUAUCUAAUAAAGGGAUGGACAAAGGGAAAGAGUUCUAUUUUGAACCGAAGCUAGAAUAGCCAGGGUAGUGAGUGGGAGUAGAAAAGCAAAGCAAACUUUUAGUCUUUCAUUCUGAUGUAUAUAUAAUUCUAUGAUCUGGCCAGAAUUUUAGAGGGAACCAUACAGUCUAAAAUAAGUGUAUAACUUGACCAUAAGUACAUUGUAAGUUUUCUUUCUGUAUCCUUUACUUUAUCUUUACAUACAUACAUACAUGUCGAUUUAAACGUAAUAAUUCUGUUUCUUUUAA